CUUUCCCCUUACGCAGCCCUUUAUGUCAAAUUGUGGCCAGUGCCACGCGUUCAAGGCGUGGGGAGCUCGUUCGUGGCCUGGCUGGAUCGGGCGGCGGCUCCGCGGACACUGGCAUUUACUGGCCCUCCGCUGCAAGCGGAAGCUCCGGUGGGUCCGUGGACAGCGGCGGCUCCGUGGACAGCGAUUUUGCCUCCGACUGACUGCCUUCCUUUGGUUUCUUUAGCAUCUACAUCACGAAGAUCGCAGUCUGGUACCGACCCCCACUGUCUCCUAGGUGUGUUUUCGCCGGUCAACGUCUUGGCGUAUCAGUCAACACAACACUUGGAGUCUCUCGCCAGUCGCAUUUACCUCGGGGACAGGAAAUUGGAAGAAUUGUUUAUAUAAUCAGGAAGGACGUUCGGUCUGGCCGAUUUUCCGUUCAAAAAUGCAGAUGUCGUGCCCCAAAUGCUCGAAGCCGUUUGACUUGGGUGACAAGCGGCCUAAAGCUAUAAAAUGUGGGCACAGUGUUUGUCUCACGUGCUUGCGCUUCCACCCUACAAAGACCUGUCCUAUUCCAGGCUGUAACAAGCGUUUUGCAGAAUCUGCUGAUCUGCUACCUGAUAACGCCCAUCUAUACUGCCAACUUCAGAUAGAAUUUGCUUUAGCUGAAGAGCGAAAGCCGAAGACGCGUGAGGCUCAGGAGCGGAAGCCUUCAACCGUCGAGGCUGUUGUCCAGACGGAAGGCCUUCCCGAUGUCGUUGCGGUGCCGAGGGAGCCCAAAGUGGAUGUCAAGGUCCAGCCGUCCAACAAGUUCUGGUGCCUGGAAUGCGACCGCCGUGCGUCCAUCGAGUGCAUCGACCGGGAUCUCCACACAGUGCGCAACUGGCUGGGUGUCCAUGCCACGAGGUACGUGCAAGUCAAAGGACAGUUGGAUGCGCUGUCGUCGGCCGAGAGCUCGCUGGACAGCCUGCAGGAGGUCCUGGACACGGCUGGCCGGGAAGCCGCUCCGGAGCUGGAGGCGUGGCGCGGCCGCCUGGAGGAGGAGAGGCGCGUCCUGCUGGAGGCGAGGAGUCGUCUGGAGGCCGCACUCGCUGGAGACGCAGCGGCUUGGGACCAGGCCAAGGAGGCCACGCCGGAGUGCGCUCUAAGCCAGGAGGCCUCCCAGCUGCUCGCCCACCUGUCGGCCCCCUCAGCGUCCUUCAGCUUCAGGUUCCAGGCGGGUGACUCUGCCAGCUGGAGCGCCAGCCUGGCCGUCCGCGAAGACCCUCUGGCGAGACAUCUGCUGUGCAGGAGCCUUCUGAAGGGCUGCCUCCAGCGUGAGGCUCUCCAGAACCAAGAGUCGGAACGUCUUGAGCGCGAGCAGGAGCGCCUACGGCAGGAGUCCUUGGAGCGGGAGCGCCUACAACGGGAGGAGGAGCGCUUGCAGCGGGAGCGUCAAGAGCAGGAGCGCCUCGAACAAGAGCAGAAGCGCCUUCAGCAGGCGCUCGAAGAGCAACAGCGUUUGCAGCGAGAACGCUUGCAACAUGAACGUGAAGAGCGUGAUCGCGAGGCCAAGAAGCGCGAAGAGCAACUUGAAUUGGAAGAGAUGGAAUAUGCUGCGUCCGCCGUCCAGUGGGAGGAGAAGCCCAAUGAGGAAGCCAUCAGCCGAGAGGAGGCAACUCUGCGCAUCCGACAGGGUUGCAAGGUUUUCCUGAGAGACGACAGCGUGCGUAGCGGCGACGUCGUCCAGCUCCAAGACGGACGAGCCCUGGUGCUCUGGGGCAGGAGAGAUCGCUCCGAGCACAGCGUCACGGGCCUCAGGACCAAGCCCGGGCUGGCGAUGCAUUAUCAGAACAUCAAACGACUCCGUUGCACGCCGCAGUUCGACCUGGCCGAGGCAAGCCGUGGUGACGACAUCCACUAUAAAACAAGGCUCCUCAUCUCGAAUAGUUUUGAACAGAUGAGGUCGCUGGUUAGGCUGCGGUGCGAUGUCUCCGCCGCCUGGACUGAGCGUGUGUUGGAGCAGGCCGCGCCUUCAGUGCAGAACUUGGUCGUUGCUGCCCCCAGCCAGCGGCACCUUGCCCAGAUGAAGGGCAUGCCCCUGCUGCAGAGGCUGUACAUCACCACCAAGACGGAAGACGACAUGUCCUUGCCGCCGCAAUUGGAGGAGCUCUACUUCAAGGAGGUGACGCCGAAGGUGCUCGCUCAGGUGCCGCAACUGUCGCGGCUGAAGCGUCUGGAGAUUCACUGCACGUUUGCCAGCCCACUGCCCGUGAUGACGUUCCCGCGCGUCGACGCGGGGCUCCAGUGGCUGCGCGUUGGAGUCUACCCGCUGGCCACGGGCAUGGCUCUGGUGAGGGCGCACUCCGCCUCUCUGGAGGAGCUGGAGCUCGUCGCGGCGGCCGACGCUCCGUACGGCUGUCCGGACAUCGCGCACGAACUGCGCCGCUGCAAGCUUAAGAGCCUGAAGCGGAUGGUGCUGCUGCGCGAGGCGAGGGAUGCCUUCUGUCGCCACGAGGCGGCAGCCUGCCGCCAGCAGAAAGUGGCCAUUUGGAAUGCCCUGAUGGAGACUGGCUCCCUGCCGGUGGUUCUCUGCAGCGUGUGCGAUGACCUGGUGUCGCCCAUCGUCAUCGACUAGGCUCGCCCCGGUGUCCUCGUUGAAUCGACUCUGGUGUCACCAACAAAUGGAUUAGACUGACUCUGGUGUCAACGAUUGAUCGAUUAGAAUGACCCUGGUGUCGUUGAUCAAUCGACUAGACAAGCCCUCGUCACACGAUGUAAUGCAUUACGUUGAGUUUGUUCGGCAGUAUUGUUUCUUUCGCUAUGUUUACUUUAAAAUCACUCCAUGUUUGUUUAAGGAGUUGAGAGUUUGUGUUGUUUUCGUCGAACGUAUGGAAAAUACAUUUUUCUUCAUAAU